CAUUAGUUGCAUUUUGAAGCUGCUACAGUUUGGCCGCAAGUCUCAGUAUUUAGAGCUUAAUUUUAGACUAAUUUAAUUUUUUUAAUUUUUCAAACAAAAAAAAAAACUCUCUCGAAAUGCCGGUUGAUAUUAAAAACGUUUUAGUUUGUGAUGCCGUUGAUAGUGCGUGCGUUGAUCUCUUAAAAAGCAAUGGCAUUAAUGUUACCUAUAAAUUGAAAUUGGCAAAAGAACAACUGUGCGAAGAAGUUAAGAAUUAUGACGCUGUAAUUGUUCGUUCAGACACAAAAAUCACCGAAGAAGUUCUUAACGCUGGCUCAGCAGCAGCUGGUGGAAGUCUGAAAGCAGUUGGACGUGCCGGUGCUGGAGUUGAUAAUAUUGAUGUUGCAGCCGCAACAAAACAAAAUGUUAUUGUACUCAACACCCCGGGUGGCAAUUCGAUUUCAGCUUGCGAACUGACAUGCAUGCUAAUUGGAGCCUUAGCACGUCCAUUUGUACCGGCUGGACAGAGCAUGAAAGAGGGUAGGUGGGACCGGAAAUUGUACAGUGGCACUGAGCUCUAUGGCAAGACAUUGGCCAUCCUUGGUUUGGGAAGAAUUGGACGUGAGGUUGCUAUUCGUAUGCAAGCAUGGGGCAUGAAGAUAAUUGGUUACGACCCCAUCACUACCGAUGCAGAGGCUAAAGCAGCAGGUAUUGAGAAAAUGACACUCGAACAGAUCUGGCCACUUGCUGAUUACAUUACCGUCCACACACCUUUGAUUCCUGCAACAAGAAAUCUUAUCAAUGCACAGGCAUUGGGUAAGUGCAAAAAAGGCGUUAAGGUGGUAAAUGUUGCACGUGGUGGAAUUAUUGAUGAGAGUGCUGUUUUGGCCGCACUAGAAUCUGGUCAAUGUGGUGGAGCUGCAUUUGAUGUCUUCCCAGAAGAACCACCAAAAUCUGAAAUCACAAAGGCACUGAUCCAACAUCCCAAAGUAGUGUCCACACCACACUUGGGCGCCAGCACAUCUGAGGCACAAGUUCGUGUGGCUGUUGAGGUUGCUGAGCAAUUUAUUGCAUUGACAGGCAAAUCAAAGGAAUAUACAACUUAUGCUGGCGUAAUUAAUAGAGAUGUUCUUAAAGUAUAUCAAUAAAAUAAUCAAAAUAAAAUAAAAUUAUAAAAUAAAACAAUUUAA